AUGGGGCCACUUGGGGGACGAGGGCAGCACACAUUGAGGGCUCUCAAGGCCGAGGCCUGUUGUAUACCUGUCGAAACCCCAAUGGAGUUCAAUUCUAAGCUAGGCAAUGAUGAUGAUGGGGAAGAAGCAGACAGGGGGAGAUACCAGCGACUCGUGGGAAAAUUUAUUUAUCUAUCUCACACCCGACCUGAUAUUGCAUUCGGGGUGAGUGUCAUCAGUCAGUAUAUGCAUGCUCGAAAGGAAAAACAUUUGGAGGCAGUUUACAGGAUGCUAAGGUAUUUGAAGGGAACAACGAGUAAAGGUCUUCAAUUCAAGAAAAAUACCAGUUGUGACAUAGAACUUUACACUUAUGCAGAUUGGGCAGGAUCAGUGAGUGACAGACGAUCUACAAGUGGUUAUUGUAGCUAUAUGUGGGGCAAUCUUAUGACAUGGAGAAGUAAAAAACAGUCUGUUAUGGCUCGUAGCAGUACAAAGGCAGAAUAUCGAGCUUUGUCUCAUGGUAUAUGUAAGGGAAUUGGUUACAAAGAUUAA